GCUGCGCCGCCGCCGCGCGCCAGCUGUGUUCACGCCGCUCCCGCCGCAGUCGCGGUCCGACAACGGGCGAUCAACCACGUGGCUGCUCCACGUCCUAUAAAUCAAAAACUUUCUUACGUCAAAUCAAUGGAUAUAACCUAACACGCGCGAUUCGUGAAUUAAGAAUAAGAUGUGAUUGAAUUGUGUUGACGUCGCGAUGGCCUGUUAAUCACGUAUUAUUGUGUGCAACAGUGACGUGCAGUGUUGUGCCAAUGAUGUGAAUAUUUUUUCUGUGUUGUGUUGCAUAAAAAAGGAGUCAUGAGUAUCCAAAAGUGUUUGUUGGAUAACUCCAGCAGGAUGAUCAAGGCGAUGUCGACCGCCAAGUCGAGCACUAGCGAAGUUAAAAUGGGCGUACCUAGUGGUCUGAAGAAAGUUGGCCUGGCGAUGCUGUCACUAUCAGUUCCCGUAUACGAUAAGAAAAAAACAACUCGAAGCUGGAUUGAGAGCACGUUUCAGAAGAGAGAAUGCAAAUACUUCGUGCCGAGCGCUAAGGACGAGCAUGUUUGCUGGUGCGGCCUCAGUAAGACAGCGCACGGGUCGAGCACGCAGACCGCGAACCCGGGCGAGGCGUGGGUGCCGGCUCGGCACACGCAGUCAGCACCGACCGACGCGUACGGCACUGUCGAGUUUCAGGGCGGACCACAUCCCACUAAAGCUCAAUACGUUCGCCUCUCCCACGACACUCGCCCCGAGCUCAUAGUCCAGCUGCUGACACGAGAAUGGGCUCUCGACCGCCCGAAGCUGCUCAUCACCAUCCAGGGAGGGAAGGCUAACUUCGAUCUGCAGCCAAAACUGAAGAAGGUGCUAAGGAAAGGACUUCUGAAGGCUGCGAAGACCACUGGUGCUUGGAUAUUCACAGGGGGAACUAAUACAGGUGUGACCCGUCAAGUUGGCGAUGCAUUGCAGCUGGAGCGGUCCCAACGGGCCGGGCGCGUGGUCAGCAUCGGUAUAGCGCCCUGGGGUAUCGUGGAGGGCGCCAACGAGCUCAUCGGUCGCGGACGAGACGUGCCCUAUCAUGCUAUAGCAUCGCCCAGAUCAAAACUAGCCGUCCUCAACAACAGACACGCCUACUUCCUUCUGGUGGACAACGGCUCUGUAGGCCGCUACGGGGCGGAGAUCGUGCUGAGACGAAAGCUGGAGAAAUACAUCGCUGCACAAAAACUACAUCCAUACACCCACUCGUCCACGCCCGUGGUCUGCCUGGUGAUAGAAGGUGGUACCAAUACUGUGAGAGCAGUUUUAGAGUAUGUCACCGACACACCGCCGGUGCCUGUCGUCGUGUGCGAUGGCAGCGGCAGAGCAGCUGACCUCAUCGCCUUCGUUCAUAAGUAUGCAUCAGAGACUGGCGAGCAGACGGUCCUGGAGUCGAUGCGAGACUACCUUAUCAGCACCAUCCAGAAGACCUUCGAGGUGGGGCUGCAGCAGGCCGAGCUGCUAUACGGGGAACUGCUGCAGUGCACCAGGAAGAAGAACCUGAUCACAGUGUUCAGAAUCCAAGAGCGGGCAGAAGGUGGCGAGGUCCAGGAACUGGAUCAAGUCAUCCUGACUGCGCUGUUCAGGGCUCAGCACUUGUCUCCGAGCGAGCAGCUAUCGUUGGCACUCACAUGGAACCGCGUCGACAUCGCCAGGUCCGAGAUCUUCGUGUAUGGACAGGAAUGGCCACCAGGUGCUCUCGACGAAGCUAUGAUGCAGGCUUUAGAACACGAUAGGAUAGAUUUCGUCAAACUUCUACUUGAGAAUGGGGUGUCGAUGCGCAAGUUCCUGACGAUACCGCGGCUUGAAGAGCUUUAUAACACCAAGAGUGGUCCAAGUAAUACCUUGCGGUAUAUCCUAAGAGACGUCAGACCACAUCUACCGAGAGGCUAUGUGUACACUUUGCAUGAUAUUGGACUGGUUAUCAACAAGCUUAUGGGCGGCGCAUACAGGUGCUACUACACGCGACGCAAGUUCCGUCCGAUCUACGCAAAGGUGAUGAACAAGAGCGUCAACGUACAUCGGAACAGUGCCUCCUUCACCAGACACAACGCCGGUGGCCUCUCCCUCAUCACUGGGUUCAUGCCCGUCACCACUGAAAUGGCACUCUUCGACUAUCCUUUUAACGAAUUACUUAUGUGGGCAGUGUUAACAAAACGGCAUCAGAUGGCAUUACUAAUGUGGACUCACGGCGAAGAGGCGUUAGCUAAGUCACUGGUGGCCUGCAAGCUGUACAAGGCGAUGGCUCACGAGGCGGCUGAGGACGACAUGGAAACCGAGGUCUAUGAGGAGCUGAGGCAUUAUGGGAAGGAAUUUGAAAACAAAGCCUUGGAGCUCCUAGACUACUGCUAUCGCCAGGAUGACGACCAAGCCCAGCAACUACUGACUUGUGAACUUCAGAACUGGUCGGGACAGACUUGUCUAAGCUUGGCUGUCGCGGCCAACCAUCGAGCUCUCCUCGCACACCCGUGCUCACAAAUCAUAUUAGCUGACUUAUGGAUGGGAGGGCUGAGAACAAGGAAAAAUACCAACCUAAAGGUAAUUCUGAGCCUGCUGUGUCCGCUGUACAUUCUCCAACUGGAGUUCAAGUCGAAGGAGGAACUGCAGCUGAUGCCGCAGACGGAGGAGGAGCAUCUCGAGAACGAGAGUAUCGAAGAUGACAGGAGUACGAAGGACCCCACCGACGCCGAGCAGGCGUUGAUUGGCUCAGGGGCCGAAUGCGAAACACGUGUCGAUCAGAACGGGAAGGUUGGUAAAAUAGGGUGGGAACCCUCGUACAGAGAGCUACCGGAGCCCCACUCGCCUGAAGACAAGAUGAUGAGGCCGCUCAGGCUAAAGAAGAAGAUCUAUGAGUUCUUUACUGCGCCAAUCACCAAAUUCUGGGCCGACUCGAUUGCCUACAUAUUGUUCCUAUUGAUGUUUACAUAUACAGUAUUAGUCAAGAUGGAUCCGACGCCAUCUUGGCCGGAGAUUUAUUCUAUUUGUUAUAUAUUAACGUUCUUAUGUGAGAAGAUAAGGGAAAUCAUUACGUCCGAACCUGUUGCUAUUAGACAUAAGUUCAGCGUAUGGGCGUGGAAUCUAUGGAACACGUACGACGCGGGUUUCAUAAUAUUCUUCCUAGUGGGUCUGACCCUGAGGCUCAGGGCGGUCUCCAUGGACGUCGGCAGGGUCAUCUACUGCGUCGAUAUUAUAUACUGGUACUUAAGGAUAUUAAAUAUAUUGGGAGUUAAUAAGUACUUAGGUCCUCUAGUCACAAUGAUGGGUAAGAUGGUAAAGAACAUGAUAUACUUCGUGGUGCUAUUACUGGUGGUGCUAAUGUCGUUCGGUGUGGCGCGGCAAGCGAUCUUGUAUCCAGAUGAAGAGGCCAGCUGGCAUCUUAUCAGAGAAAUUUUCUUCCAACCGUACUUCAUGUUGUAUGGCGAGGUGUUCGCUCCAGAGAUCGACCCUAAGUGCGGGAAGAACCCCGGAGAGCCCAAGUGUGUGACCGGCAGGUGGAUCACGCCGGUCGUUAUGACCAUAUACCUGCUCGUCGCGAACAUUUUACUCAUAAACCUACUUAUUGCCGUCUUUAACAAUAUAUUUAAUGAAGUCAAUGAAGUCUCGCAUCAGGUAUGGAUGUUCCAAAGAUUUACAGUAGUUAUGGAGUACGAACGCAAGCCGGUACUCCCGCCGCCACUGAUUACGCUCUGUCAUAUAUACGCGAUAGGCAAGUGGGUGACCAGGAACGUGUCCCAUAAGAGGUUCCAGUAUGAUAAUGGGCUGAAGCUGUUCUUGGAGAAAGAGGAUAUGGAAAGACUUUACGAUUUUGAGGAGGAGUGCGUUGAAGGGUAUUUUAGGGAACAAGAAGUUAAGUUGUCUAAUUCAAUAGAAGAGAGAGUAAGAAACACAACUGAUAGGGUAGAACAUAUCACGACCAAAAUGGAAGACUUGAAUCAAAAAGCUAAUUGCCAAAUACAAUCGGUUCAGAGUGUAGAAUUUAGGUUAAGGAAGUUAGAAGACGUGGCGGAACAAACAAUGAACCACUUAGCUGUGAUACACCGGUUCAUGGCGACGCAUCCGUCGCUAGUGAACCGCGGCUCCACGGACACGCUCGGGCCGCCGCCGCCCACCUUCCAGGCGGGGGCCGCCCGGCUCAGGACCGCCAGCGACCGCUCCGAGGUAACUAUUCCAGUACAAUCUCCGGUUGACAUCGCACCAAGUGCUAGUUGGGUGGCUAUGUGUGACGUGCGACAGGUGCUGUCGGACAGCGACACGGGCGCGGCUCGCUUCGCAGUGCGCCCCGUGCAGGAGGAGGACGAACGGUCGCAACCCUCCGAUGAUGAAAUGCCUCAAUCUGGUCCCGAGGCAGUGGUAGAAAAGGAGCCUGAAGCAGAUUCGAUAUCGACGUCAUCCGGUGAAGGUCACGCCGCCGCCGGGCCCAACGUGACGGUGCUGAUCAAGACGCAGCCUCCGAUUACGCCGGCCCGGCAGAGGUCGUCCGAUAGCAACAGGACUGAACCCAGUGAUGAGAAGAAAGAUACGUUUGCUUCUCGUCUAGUGGCGUCAUCGAAUGACGAUGCCUUCUUACCAGAAGUGCGUGAGAUGCCAACAGAUCUUCAGAGCCUACGACCACGGACGACUUCAGCUGGUACAAGACGUACGGCCAACACCAGGCGGCGCUCGGAAGGGGGCAACGACUGCGGCAUGGGCGGGCAUUACUCCGCGCAGCACCUGGCGCCGCGCCGUCAGCACAGCCAGACGCACUCCGAGCCUGAUAACUCCGCUGUCGACGCUGGCUCCGUACACAACUCUGUUACUGGCACUAGCCGUCAAUCAGGUUGGGAGGCUACCGGCGGUGCUACAGGCAUCCCGUCGGGCCGCAGCCGCGUGGGCGGCGCGCCGCGCUCGCUGCUGCUGGCCAUGCACGAGUACACCAGCAUCACGGAUGAACUGGAGACCGUGUACGGACUCUUCUCGCCGCCACAUACGCCUAGGACACCAAUAACAUCCCGCCUGCUGUCCCCGGCCCGCGCGGCCUCUCCUUCAGUCCGGCGGCGCCACGCCAGCGAGAUGUCCAACCCCGAGUUUGCGCUCUUCAUGGAGAAGGAGCAUCUCAGAGGCGCUGAAGAAGACGACUACAUCAUCAUGGAGAACCUUAUCCAACGGCGUCUAGAAAUGGGUGGUCUGGACAGAUACGAGGAGGAGGAGGGCGGCGAGGGGGGGGAGGGGGAGGUCAGCGGUAUCAGCAUCAGUGUGUGCGUGAACAGCGGGGCGGGGGAGCCCGGCCCGCCGCAGACCAGCUCGCUGCUCACCGUGGACAGGCGGCUGCCGCAUCAGAGACACUCUCUGAGAAGAUCAUCAGCUAUCGACAGUCGCGAGCUGCCGUCUCCGCUGCAGCCAUUGCUGGAUGAUGAAGCUUGUGGAGAGGUGCUGCUACCAGUGCCGAGGCAACCUUCUGGCGAGACGAACGCAUCAAGCGACAUGUCCCUGUCGCACAUGGUGAGCGAGAGCCUCCCGCCGCGGCCCUCCAUCGUGCUGGACUCGUCGCAGCUCCCGCGCCAGCGCUCCGCCGAGCGCGAGCCGCCCGCCGCGCCCGCGCCCGCGCGCCCCGAGACCAUGUGCUAGGGCAGAGUAAAUACAGCAAUAAACAAGCUUCCAAAGAAACCCAGCUCCAAAUAGCAGUGAAGGACUGAUCUAGUGAAGUAUUAGCCAUAAUAAUUGUUAACACCAAAUACUUUUAACUUAGACAUUUCGACGAACUUGUAGCGCCCUUAGUUGGCCUUUUGGGACCCUUUUCAAUGUUACCUAGUUGAUACCUCUUCUGUGUGAUGCUAACAGACUGAAUUGAAAACAAUUCUAAAACUAAUCAUAUCGAUGUUUUUCAAUUACAUUUUUGUAAAUUUCAUCUUAGUUCAGAAUUUUUCAGAUUGGAAGUGUUCCAUUUUUAUGAUACCUACAGUAGAAUGCCGUGUGAAAUUAGCUUGUGAGUAAUAUUUAUAACGUGUACCUUCAUUUUGAUACUAUUAAAUAUUGUUCAUAAGCAUCGAAAAUAUAAACGAUCAGGAAACGGAAUUCAACUAAAAACAUUCGUCAAAACAUUUCAGUCAAAUAACAACAUAAUAUUUAUUUAAAAAUGAACUUUGUUCUGAUCACAUAAGAAUCAAAAUGACUUAUCUCCAGCCCUCUUCGGGAGAAUUUAAAUUUCGCUGUAAAUAUGCCAAUUGUCGCUAUUUAAUAUAUUCUGUAGAUACAUGGUCCAAUGCAUGUCAUUUCGUACACUUCACUUGAAUCAAAGGAGUAGGACUAAGUGGUACUUAAAAUGUAGGAAUAACAAAUCUAUCCUACUCUCGUGAUUCAUAUAGAUUUAAAAUGUACAGAAUAAACGUUUCAGGUAAGAACUAAGGGAAAGACAAACGACAAUACUAGUGCUCACGUUGUAUAUACUGUUGUCAAAGUUAAAGGGUUUACCCCCGAGUACUGAAACGCAAUUCCAAUUUGAGACGCUCUUAAAUGUCUUUUUGUCUCUACUUUAGGCCGAUGUCGCUUAGAAUGCCGUGUUUGUCUUUUUAAUAUGAAAUACACUGUUCUUCAUCACUUACUUAAAAUGUUUCGAACAAAGUAAAGGUAACAAUUACCAAUUCUACAGUACAAAAAAAAUAUUUUUUUGAACAAAAAAUAUUUUAAACAUAUCACAACUCUUCUAAAUUAUUUUUAACCUUAUUUUAGUCUAUCUAUAGUUUUCUGUUUGUCUGCAUUAUUGUUGUCAGUCUGUCUUUAAUUUUCCUUCUUAUUCUAUUAAACAUAAAUAGUUCAGCAUAUCUUAUAUUUGCAACCGCAUCUUUGCUUUCUGAAAGAAACAUGCUUACUUUAAAAUGCACUUUAAGGAGACAAUAGCCUCAAAGUAACAGACAGCAAGACUUAAGAGCAACUUAAUAAGUAAUUGACGUUUCAGUACUCGGCCAUUAAAGGUACUGACGUUUAUAAAUUAGGUCGUAGAGUUAACCAGAAUACUUCAGAGUUAUAUAAACUGUUACGUAACGUGUUGGAGCUAAAGAGUUUAGACAUAAAGAGUGUCGACUUACCGCCAGUGAGCACUAACCAUCGCGCUGCAAUUAUUUUCAUUAUCUUACAUUUUAAACAUAUCAGACACAAUUAUUAAAAUUAAGAUUUUAUUUUUAAUACGUAAAGUUACGUAGCUCUUUGGACGUUUUAUACUUUAAGUAUUUGUUUUAACGUUUUCUGGGAGCAUCACUAUGUAAAAUAAGACUGUUCUGAACGUCGAAGAGAGAUGGCGCUCUAUACCCUGUCGCUAUCUCGCUCCCACAACUGAAACGGUUUUACUUUAGAAAGUGAUGGUAGACCAAUACCGAGACCAUAUUUUUUGUUCCUCCAGAAAUAAGCUAUGUAUUAAUGUAUCCAUAGAACUAAAUUCUUUUAAAGCCCCUAAUAAACGGACAUCACAUUGUGUUCAAUUAUACCAAAUAUUUUGUGCAAAUUUUACCAAUUUUUUUAUUAUAUUUGCAGUACAAUGAAAUUGAAUUCAUCUUUGUAUAUAAAUAGAGACGUGGAAUAAAAUGAAGGUGAUUUUGUAUAUUUAAUAGAAGAUUAAUAUACUGAUUAUAAUAUAUUAAGCAUCGAUGUAUUGUUAAGGUGAACUGAUGCAAUAAAUUAUUUUACUUUAAUAGACAAUUGAUAGGAUUCAUCAUAUCUCACUUCGCGUUAGGUCGGGCGAUAUUAACAAAGCAAUAUUUUUUGUACGUGCAACAUUCAUCUUAAUAUUUCUACCUAUGGAUUCUUGACAGCUAGUUCACUAACUUAGUGUAUUGCUAUUGCCCCUGUGCAAGUUUCUACUACCAAAUUUCUACAGAGGAAUGAAAAACAGAUCAAUGAUUACGAAUUGUCCAAAUCACGCUUGACUACGGGGUUAAUCGCACCUGUAUAUGAUUGAAAAAAUUAACAACUAAGCACAAAGUUAACCAAAAAAAUUACUAAUUUUUGUGUUGAUCAACCUUUCAAAAAAGAAGGACUAGUUUGAUAUAGCAAUAAAACAAAAAUAAAGUCAAUCUUCAAAUAAACUUAACACAGAAUCAAGUUAUAAUUUGCCUUUAUCAAGACGAUUGCAUUUCAGCUAUAAACGCGGCUAUAAAACAUUUCCUAAGUCGUGGAAAUUUACGUAAGAGACAUAAUAAGUAGUUGGAGGCAGUAAAAUAACAGUAAACGCCCCGCUGCUCCCUUACCUCAGUACAAUAGAUGUAUCUAACUUUUAUUUUCAAAGGCCCUAAACCUCCUAGCUUUAUUCCUCUUCGGGUUCGGGGCGAAAUGGAAACAAAAAACCGAGAAAAAUAUCAAGAAAUUGUGAAAUUUUCUGUUAUUACAUACAAUAAUAAAGAAAACUAUUGGUUAGAUAUUAUUGGUGAAAGGUUUUUCUUGUUUCCACAACCCUGAAUUGCUUUCUUCUCAUCUUACAUAAUAAACAUUUACCAACCAUGCAUGCUUAAGAGAUUUUUACAAACCAGGAAUUGAACGUCAAGUUAUGUUCCGAAUAGUCCAAUUAUAUUCCAUAGUUUACGAAUAAGAAAUAUAUUACGGAAUAGAAAAUAAUAUUGUACAUAAUGUGUAAAUGUUGAAGUUGUUAUUUUUUACCAAAAUGAAAUGUUUUGAGAGAGCAAGCCGAGCGCUUUCCUUCCGAUGCUUCAAAAGCACAAUCUUUUAAUCAUAAUUUUUAAAACUCUUUGAAUCAUUAUUAUCUUAGCACAACGUUUUGAUUAUUCAAUGAAAACGACUUGUCCUUAUUGGGAUAUUUUAUUCUAGACUCAAUUCAUUCAAUAUUUUUCAGAGUGAUAAAACUAAUUCAUCAUGAGUUAUAUAAAGUAUGUACAAUGGUAAAAUAAAUAUUAUAUUUGUGAUAUUACAA